GUAGUGGCUCCAAUCCUUUCCAGCACCUGGAGAAGAGUGCUGUGCUGCAGGAGGCUCGAAUCUUCAAUGAGACUCCUAUUUCCUCUCCCUCCUGUUUGCAGGGUGAACACUUUGGAACCACUGAAGCCACAGAAGCUUUUUUUGCCAUGACCAGGUUGUUUCAGUCUAACGAUCAAACCCUCCGGAGGAUGUGUUACCUCACGAUCAAGGAGAUGGCAAACAUCUCUGAGGAUGUUAUCAUUGUCACCAGCAGUUUGACCAAAGACAUGACAGGGAAGGAGGAUGUGUACCGUGGCCCUGCCAUCAGAGCUCUGUGCAGGAUCACUGAUGGUACAAUGCUACAAGCCAUCGAGCGCUACAUGAAACAAGCCAUCGUGGACAAGGUCCCCAGUGUGUCCAGUUCUGCACUGGUGUCUUCCCUACACAUGAUGAAAAUCAGUUACGACGUGGUCAAACGAUGGAUCAAUGAAGCUCAGGAAGCAGCUUCUAGUGACAACAUCAUGGUGCAGUAUCAUGCCUUGGGGCUGCUCUACCACCUCAGGAAAAACGAUCGCCUGGCAGUGUCCAAGAUGCUCAAUAAAUUCACCAAGUCUGGACUGAAAUCCCAGUUUGCCUACUGCAUGCUGAUCAGGAUUGCCAGCAAACUGCUCAAGGAGUCUGAGGAAGGCCAUGAAAGUCCAUUGUUUGACUUCAUUGAGAGCUGUCUGAGGAACAAGCAUGAAAUGGUGAUCUAUGAAGCUGCUUCUGCCAUCAUCCACCUGCCAAACUGCACGGCCAGGGAGCUGGCACCGGCGGUCUCGGUGUUGCAGCUUUUCUGUAGUUCUCCCAAGCCUGUGCUGAGAUAUGCAGCUGUAAGGACCCUCAACAAAGUGGCCAUGAAACAUCCAUCUGCAGUCACUGCCUGCAACCUGGACCUGGAGAACCUCAUCACGGACUCCAAUCGCAGCAUCGCCACCUUGGCCAUCACCACUCUGCUGAAGACAGGCAGUGAGAGCAGCGUGGACAGGCUCAUGAAACAGAUCUCCUCCUUCGUGUCAGAAAUCUCAGAUGAGUUUAAGGUUGUGGUCGUGCAGGCCAUCAGUGCCCUGUGCCAGAAGUACCCUCGGAAGCACAGUGUCAUGAUGACCUUCCUCUCCAACAUGCUCAGGGAUGAUGGUGGCUUUGAGUACAAACGAGCCAUUGUGGACUGUAUCAUCAGCAUCAUCGAGGAGAACCCUGAGAGCAAAGAGUCAGGCCUGGCUCACCUCUGUGAGUUCAUUGAGGACUGUGAACACACUGUGCUGGCCACCAAGAUCCUGCACCUGCUGGGGAAGGAGGGGCCCAGGACUCCAUCCCCAUCCAAGUACAUUCGCUUCAUCUUCAACAGAGUGGUGCUGGAGAAUGAGGCUGUGAGGGCUGCUGCUGUGAGUGCCCUGGCAAAGUUUGGUGCCCAGAAUGAGAAUCUGCUCCCAAGCAUCCUGGUGCUGUUGCAGAGGUGCAUGAUGGACAGUGAUGAUGAAGUCCGAGACAGAGCAACCUUCUACUUGAAUGUGCUGCAGCAGAGACAACUGGCCCUGAAUGCUGCCUACAUCUUCAAUGGGUUGACAGUGUCUGUUCCUGGGAUGGAGAAAGCUCUGCACCAAUACACACUGGAGCCUUCUGACAAACCUUUUGAUAUGAAAACAGUUCCACUGGCUACAGCUCCAAUCUUUGAGCAGAAAGCAGAGAUUGCCCUGGUGCCCAACAAACCUGAGAAAGUUGCUCCUUCACGUCAGGAUAUAUUUCAAGAACAACUCUCAGCCAUCCCAGAGUUUAAGAACUUGGGCCCAUUGUUCAAGUCCUCAGAGCCAGUGCAGCUCACAGAAGCAGAAACAGAGUAUUUUGUUCGCUGUAUCAAACACAUGUUCCCAAAUCACCUCGUUUUCCAGUUUGAUUGCACCAACACGUUAAAUGAUCAGCUCUUGGAGAGAGUCACUGUGCAGAUGGAGCCAUCGGAUGCUUAUGAUGUCCUCUGCUGCAUCCCAGCUCCCAGCCUGGCCUACAACCAGCCUGGAAUGUGCUACACCCUGGUCAGGAUCCCCCAGGAUGAUCCUACUGCAGUUGCUUGUACCUUCAGCUGCACAAUGAAGUUCACAGUUCGGGACUGUGACCCGAACACAGGUGUGCCAGAGGAAGAUGGAUAUGAUGAUGAAUAUGUGCUGGAAGACUUGGAAGUGACGGUGUCAGAUCACAUCCAGAAGGUGUUGAAACCCAACUUUGCAGCUGCCUGGGAAGAAGUGGGAGAUGACUUUGAGAAAGAAGAAACCUUUGCCCUUAGUUCCAUUAAAACCCUUGAUGAGGCUGUCAAUAACAUCAUCAAGUUCCUGGGGAUGCAGCCCUGUGAGAGGUCAGAUAAAGUGCCAGAGAACAAGAAUUCUCACACACUCUACUUGGCUGGUGUGUACAGAGGUGGCUGUGAUGUGCUGGUGAGGUCCAGACUCGCCCUAGGAGAUGGUGUGACCAUGCAGGUGACCGUUAGGAGCAAGGAUGAGACAUCUGUGGAGGUCAUCUUAGCUUCUGUGGGCUGA